AGCGGCCCGAGGCUCCGGACAGCUGAUCGUAGCGAGCAUGCCCGCGCCGCGCCCGGCCUCCCGCCGCCUCCGUCGCUCUGAGAGGACGCUAUCGCCGUCGCAAUCACCGCCCAUCAGGCCUACGCCUCCGCGCGCCCCGCCCCGCGUUCCUCCGCUCUCCGCGCCCUGCGCCGCCCCGCGCUCGCGAGUGUCCGCGUAGUCGCCGCCAGCAGAGUGAGUGAGUGCUUCCGCCGAGUGCCCGUCGUCGCGUCACUUCGCCGCCGAAGUUCGUCGUUCGUGCCCAGUGCGUUCGGCGCUCGUGUGCGCCGCGCGGUGUCGACGGAGCGCGGCCGAGUGUCAGGGUUCGCGCGGGCGAGGGCGCGAGCGCGGACGAGGGCCGGCCGGCACGCAGCCGGCGCCGGCGCCAUGUCCACCGGCAAGCGGCUCGCCAAACGCUCCAUCAUCGGGACGCGCGUGUGCGCUCCCGCCGAGGACGGAAAGUUCUACUCGGGCGUCAUCCAGAGCGUCAAGUCGCCCGCGGAGGGCGGCGACGCCGACACGCGCUACUCGGUGCGCUUCGACGCGCCCAUCCCCGCGCGCGAGUUUACGGACCAGCAGCUCAUCGGGCCGGGCUUCCAGACAGUGGUGUCGGGCAUCCGCCGCCUCGUCGCCGGCCAGCGCGUCUACCUCACCUACAACGGCCGCGAGGUGUCGGGCGAAGUGUCAGCCCACGACCCCGAGGCCGACGACGUGCGCGUGUGCAUCCAGCCGCCGGGCCAAGAGGUAAGAAGCGAUGCAGUUUCAACACGUGGCACUGACAUCUGGGCGCCGCUGGAGCUGCGCAAGCGCCUGGACGAGCUGCGGCUGCUGGAGUCGCGCAAGUCGGCGCGCCUCAUGGACCAGGACACGGACUUCGCGCGCCUCGCCGACAUGGCGGGCGACCGCAAGCGCCCGGCGCCCUCGCACUCCAUCGACGUGCCCACCGUGCACGGGUCCCGCAAGCGGCGGCCCAGCUCGUCCCACGACGACCCCGGCAUCGGCGGCCUGGGCCUGGACUUCAUGGACGAGUGCACGGCGGCGCUGGUGCUCAUGAGCCUCUCCUGCUCACCUCACUCGCCGCACCUCAACGGGUGGUCGUCGUCGUCGUCGGACGCGGCGCGGCGCGGCCUGUCGCCCAGCCCCAGCGCCAGCGACGGCGGCAGCGGCGCCAGCGCCAGCGGCAGCGGCGGCUCCUGGCGCUCCGCCACGCCCUCCCCGCCGCUCAGCGACGGCAGCUCGCAGGGCACGAGCGCCUUCUGGGCGGCGCUGGCCGCCGACGAGGGCAUCGGCCUCGACGACGACGAGCUGCCGCGCAAGCGCAAGACUCUCAUUCUCCUUUUUCCUUAUCGGUUUUCCUUAACUGCUUUGAAUGUUUCGUGA